AUGGCCGCUAGAAGCAAGCUAGAAUCAUGUUGUUUGAAGCUAGAAGUUAAUGUAGUUAGAGCUAGAUAUUCUGCAAAACAACCAUUUUACACACAUUUUCCUACUCUUAUACAUCCGUAUAUUGAGGAGAUAAUAGAUGUGGUGGCUGAUGGAAAUUGUGGGUUUCGCGCAAUUGCAGCAUUGUUAGGUUGGACUGAAGAAUCUUGGCCUUUAGUUCGAACACAAUUGGAUAAAGAGAUUCAUCUACAUCAAGACCUUUAUGCUAAUGUGUUCGAUGACAGUGUUGAAUCAGUGCGUAGCUCAUUGAACAUAUCAGGAUUGGGUGCUCAAGGACAAGAUAAGUGGAUGUGUUUACCAGACUUGGGUUACGUGAUAGCAACACAAUAUAAUGUCAUAUUGGUGUCGUUGUCUCGUAAUCUGAAUAUGACAUUCUUUCCGCUAAACAAAGCACCGCCGUCAAAAGAACGUUUACUAGCCAUUGGAUUCGUCAAUGGAAAUCAUUGGGUACAGAUCAAGUUGAAGUCUAAUUGUCCUUUGCCACCUAUCUCACAAAAAUGGAAAGACUAUUGUAAUGAAUGUGCAAAGACAUGGGAAAUAGCUUGUGCAGCACGUAUGAAGCAAUGGGAACACAUUGAUCCAUCAUUUAGCAAAUCAUCUUGUAUUUCAUUAAAUGAAGAUUAG